AGGAGCAUGUGAUGAUCACGUGACACAUGUCAUACUUGUGUUUUCUGUUCAUUACCAACUGCCACCAACUAUGCUAACAAAAAUAAGAACUUGUGUUUCAGGAUUAUUCGAUUCCUGGUUGUUUAAGUGCUAGCUCCGAACACGUAAACAACCAAACUAUCAACAGUAAAUCUACUGUAUCUAGAAACUUGGAAGAAUAUAUAAGUUAGCAGCUCAGCUGUUACACCUGGCCACUUGACAACUGACGUUCACUUAUUUGGUUGUGAUUUUGGAGAAGAGGGGAAUAUAACCGGGAUACAAAUGCGGCUGAAGGACCCCUUCUCUUUAAAAACGCCAGACAUGACCAAGCGGUCUAACAAGCCAAAGAAGCCUUGCGAUGAAGACUCAUCCGAUGAGGUUGGCGGGCUGACGUGCCAGCAUGUGAGCAGGGCUGUGGACCUCAGCUCAGUGAAGAAGGCAGUGACAGGAAGCCUGUGGUCAGUGUGCUGCGAAUGCCUUAAAGAAAGGAAUAUAUUCGAGGGGGAAUCAGUAGGAGCACAUGACAUUUUUGUGUGCCUUAAGUGUGGGUUCCAGGGCUGUAACCAAGCAGAAACUCAGCAUUCCACAAAACACCAGCAAGCUCAUCACUUUGACUCUCACUGUAUCACCAUCAGCCUCACUACAUGGAAGGCCUGGUGCUUUGAAUGUAAGGAAGAGCUCUCAAUUCACUGCAAUAAAAAGUCCCUGGCUCAGACUCUGGACUUCCUGCAGAAGCACUCAGCAAAGGCCACCUCAGGAACAACUUCAAAAAUUAUCAAGCUCAGAGAGGAACCCUCUGAGAAUGUGGACUCUCAGAGAGGGAAGUGUCCAGCGAACAUCACUCUUAUUCCUGUCAAGGGCAUCAACAAUCUGGGCAACACUUGCUUCUUCAAUGCUGUGAUGCAGAAUCUCUCUCAGACACAUAUGCUGAAUGAACUAAUUCAGGAAGUCAAGGAGAAAGGUCAUAAGAUGAAGAUCUGCCCCACUACUGAGACUAACUUGGGGCCACUAACUGUGACUUUACCCAGGCCAGAACCCCUCACUUCAGCCAUGUUCCUGUUCCUCCAAAACAUGAAGGAGCCUGGGAAAGGGCCUGUCUCCCCCAAGAUCCUCUUCAACCAGCUCUGUCAGAAGGCCCCUCGCUUUAAGGGUUACCAGCAACAAGACAGUCAAGAACUGCUGCACUACCUCCUGGACUCCAUGAGAGUGGAGGAGACGAAGCGGAUUAAAGCAGGCAUUCUCAAAGCCUUUAACAACCCCACCGAGAAGACAGCUGAUGAAGAGACAAAACGACAAGUGAAGGCUUAUGGGAAGGAAGGAGUGAAAAUGAAUUUUGUUGAUCGCAUUUUUGUAGGCGAGCUAAACAGCACCAUAAUGUGCGAAGAGUGUGAACAUAUCUCUGCAGUGAAGGAAGCCUUCAUUGACAUCUCCCUUCCCAUCAUAGAGGAAAGGAUCUCUAAGCCCACAAACCCUGGUAGACUAGGGAAGAGUGGGCGGGAGCAAGAUACUCUUGUCCCCCACAGCGAAGACUCAUCAGCUGCCCACUCACAGGUCAAUAAAAACAGGAGACUGAGUGGACAGAAGAUGCAAGGUCAUCAUUCGUCCACUUCCCAUGAUGACCGGGGAGCAGACUCUGUCUUUAGCCGACAAGAGGAGGAGCUCUGUGUUGCUGGACGUGGCCUGACCAGUUACCGGGCUGAUACAAUGGGCAGCCAAUCAGACUACAGCGAGAAGGAUUCUAACAUGCAAGACAGCAGUAAUGAUGCAGACAGCGAGGCCUCUGAGAGUGAAUGGUCUCCUCGAGUACCAUCUGUCCCAUCCAGUCACAAUAACACCUCAGAUGAUGUCUUAACCGCCACGGCUACACUCACAACAGCACACCAUCCUAAGCCUAACCUGAACCCAAGCUCAAGUCCCACUCCCUUGCCCUCCCUUCGACCUCUACAGGGCAGCGCUGUAGAGCAUCUUGUCAGUGCUGUGUCGAAGCUGGGCCUGGUUCACACUUCCACUGACACUUUGCCCAUCAGCCACAGCCCAGAUGAACAGACUGAGACCCGGGAAAGGGAGAGAGAUCGGCAGCACCACCAAGGGGCCUUCCAGGCUCUUUGUCACAGCUACACGCCCAGCUCUAAAGAGUGCUCUGUGCAGUCCUGCCUUCACCAGUUCACCUCUGUUGAGCUGCUCAUGGGCAACAAUAAACUCCUUUGUGAGAAUUGCACUGAGAGGAAGCAGAGACAGAUUAAGAGGAGCAGUGGUGCAGACAAGAAGGCUGAGAAAGUAUACACCAGCGCCCGGAAACAGAUGCUCAUCUCUUCACUUCCCCCAGUGGUCACUCUCCACCUUAAACGCUUUCAUCAGGCUGGCAUGAAUCUGAGGAAAGUUAAUAGACAUGUGGACUUUCCUCUUAUUCUGGACCUGGCACCUUUCUGUUCUGCCACUUGCAAGAACCUCGGGUCAGGAGAGCGUGUGCUUUACAGCUUGUAUGGCAUUGUGGAACAUAGCGGAUCAAUGCGAGGGGGCCACUACGCAGCCUACGUGAAGGUCCGCUCCCCCCAGCGUGAGCAGUGUCGGAACCAAUCAGGUUCCAGAGAGGCCAGUUCAGCCCCACAAGGGCAGUGGGUCUAUGUUAGUGACACCAACGUACAGACUGUACCAGAGUUCCGGGUGCUUAACUCUCAAGCGUAUUUACUUUUCUAUGAAGAACUGCUAUAGUGCCGGACAGCUGCGUGAAUGUGUGAUAAUCCAGAUGAAUUCUGGCGACAGGCAAUAUCAGCCUGGACAACACCAAGCACUUACUGCAUGCCUAUAUCACUGUAUUUUAAUGUAAGAAAUAUUGCAAAUGCUAAAUAUAAGCUUGGCCAUUAAGCCCUAAAUCUGUUGGCUUAUUCAUUACUCAAGGGCGAUCUAAAUUGGGAUUGGUCAAGGGGAGAGAUUAUUAUUGCUGUAAAAUAAUAUCCUGAAUUUAAGUUAUUUAUAUUUUACUGCUUAUAUUUGACCAUGACAUAUAUAUUUUUGGGCUUGUUUUUUAAAUGGAAAUGUUGGAAAAAUUGCCAAAGUUUAAUGUAGGAAAAAUAUGUAAAUGAUACUAUAUAAGGGAGAAAUGGGAAAAAUGAGCAUUGUGUCAAAAGCAUCUUUCAUCUCGAACCUCUAAUAUGAAAGGGAACUUUAGCACAACAUGCAGCUGUAUGUAGUUACGCACAUAUACAUGCACAAGUGCACAAAUACAUUGUGAUGUUCUUAGAAAGAAACAGUACUACAUUCACAAGGUUGCUUGGUUACCAUAAAAUAAAUUGUUUCAUUCUUCUUCUUUUUUUCCCUUCGUUUACACAUUUUGCUUUGGUUUUAUAGAUUAAGACACAUGUAUCAACCAUAGCUUUCAUAGCAUUUUUGAAUGUAUCAAGUCAUUGACUCAAGACAUUGGAUUGGAUUGACUGUAGUUGGCAUAGAAUUAUAUAAACUUAGAUUUUAUGAAUUUAUUGCUUGAAUAACAUAUUUCACAAUAUCUAAAUCUAAUGGUUGAGGAGUUGGUGCAAUAUUCUUGGACUUUGUAAACAAUAUAUGCCUAUUUUUUUCUGUUUUUCUGUAGUAUUAAAUUUGAAUUGAAAACAAAUAUUUUCAUGACUUUUCAACAACUGUACAUCAGUGCCUACAUUUUAUGAGGGCUGAGAUUGUUUGUGCAUGCCUUUAAAAGUUAAUAAGUGUUUUAAGUGUUAAUAUGACAGAUCAUAUUGCAGUAUAAGGUGAAUGGUGUGUGUGUGUAUACACAUACUGAUUAGCAAUAUACAUAUUUGUACAUCAUAUAAAAAAAUGUAUCCUGUUCUUUACUUUUUAUUCUGUGUGCCGAGCAGAUAUUGAAACACCAACGGUUUGUGUGGUGUCUAAGACUGCAGGGUUCUUCAAGCUUUUCUUUUGCUUGAAUUUUGUGAACAUAAUCAAAUAUAAAUCUCUGAGUCCUUUAAGAUGAUAAUUUAAAUACAUAUAGUUGAAGAAAACCUUUGAGCAUUGUCUUUGAGUGGAUUUUAAAUUGAUUGCAGUAUAUGGCACUGAAUUGUUUUGGGGUCUUUGCAUCUUGUUUUUUAUUUUAUUUUUAGAUAUUGUCGGCCAUUAGCCUCCGCUGUCGCCACAAAUCCCAGGAUGCCAUUUUUACUCUGUCCACAGCUGCAAUUCGCUGUGACGGGUGCAAAGGCUUGCUGUUUUAGAACAUGUCGCUGACUGGUGAAGAAGAGGUGGGUGUGGAAUCAAGAAAAGGGCAACGUCUAAAACAAUCCUGUCCUCCUGCCUUCUUCUCCCUCUCCGUGUUUUGUGACAUUCAAAUCAAGCUGUUAGACCAUUAUCAGUCAUCACCAAGUGUAAGGACACCAAGAAGAAUGUGCAACGUUUGUGAAGAGUGUGCGUCUUUUUAAAGCAGGGCUCUGGUUAAGGGACAUUGUGUUUACAGAUCAGAAGUGAUUUAAUCUGAGUUAAUGAUAUGAUGUGUUCUCUCUGUCUGAACUGACAGAGAAACCUGAAAUGGGGUCGGGAGGAUCUGCAUUUCCCUUUAGAAAGAACCCGCUGAAUUUGUUGAAAGAGCACCCGUCUGCCACUUAGAGGUGCAUGUCUGCCUCAAGUGAAACAUUCAGACAUGUGGGGAUGGGUUUUUGCUUAUCAUACUUCCAGCAUGGUUACAAAAGAUGCUUGUUAUCUUUUUGACCCAGCUGUGUUUUUGGGAUUCUCAACAACAUGCAUUCACUUCAGUCACUUUAAAAUGUGAUUCCAUAUGUCUGAAGUGGCAGUGCAGUACUGUUCUCUACAGCUGGAUUAAUUAGAUUUUCCCUUCUGUCACUGGGCACCAGAAACUAGAAGUGUGUGAUAUUAGUAGGAUAUCAAAGCUCAUUUUCUAACCAGUUUUAGCUCUGAUUUCUAUGCAAUGUUUUGGGUUUCAUCCAGUCUUAUGUAUUUACCUUGUGUUUUGUGUUGAGUAUGCCAGAGAGAGUAAUUGAAAUUUCUGGUUUAUUCAAAUCAUGGGUGCUUUACACAGUUGUGGUUUAUUCAAGGUUUAUCCUCAAAAUUCCUUCAUUCCAGAAGCUUCAGCAGUAAUGUGAUAUUGAAUUGCUAACUGAGACAUCAACACAAUGUGAGCCGGCCUGUGUCAGUAUACCACAUGGCUCUCUUUUCUUUGAGACUAAAAUCAGAAUUCUCGAACUGUAGGUUUAAGAGGUUUACAUUUUUUUUUUACGUUACAAACUGGUAAUUACAAGGGUAUUAUGCUAUAAAUGUGGUUUAUGAGGACAUUUCUAGUGUCCCCAUAAUUUAAAUCACUUAAAAAACAAACUAAAUGAUGUUUUAUUGAAAAUGUAAAAAUGCAGAAAGUUUUUUUGUGAGGGUUAGGUUUAGGGGAUAGAAUCUAUAGUUUGUACAGUAUAAAAAUCAUUAUGUCUAUGGAGAGUCCUCAUAAUG